GGCCAGCAUUGGGACUUUGGCCCUUGUUCUGCAGUCGAUUACUUCACUGUCUAAGCUACAUUUGUUUAUAAUAUUUUUUUUCUGGCAUGGACGAAACUAGCCCGCUAGUUUCCCCUCUCCGGGAUUCUUCCGAUUUUAGCUACUGUCCCACCGAACCUACAAGUCCCCGGGGCGGAUUUGGAGGGACGCCGGGUUCGGUGGUACGAGUCCCGGCUGGUAGCCCUGGACGCAGCCGGGAGCGACAGCCACUACUUGACCGGGACAGAGGAGGCUCUCCACGAGAUCCCCAUAGGAACGAGUUCCCCGAAGAUCCGGAGUUUAGGGAGAUCAUCCGGAAAGCAGAGCGUGCUAUUGAGGAGGGGAUUUUCCCAGAAAGAAUUUAUCAGGGAUCCAGUGGCAGCUAUUUUGUCAAAGAUUCACAAGGGAAGAUCAUCGGCGUUUUCAAGCCCAAGAACGAGGAGCCGUACGGCCAGCUGAACCCCAAGUGGACCAAGUGGUUGCAGAAGCUCUGCUGUCCCUGCUGCUUCGGGAGGGACUGCCUGGUGCUGAACCAGGGCUACCUGUCCGAGGCCGGGGCCAGCCUGGUGGACCAGAAACUGGAGCUCAACAUUGUUCCCAGGACCAAGGUGGUGUACCUGGCCAGUGAGACGUUCAACUACAGUGCCAUCGACAGGGUCAAGUCCCGUGGCAAGAGGCUGGCCCUGGAGAAGGUGCCAAAAGUGGGCCAGCGCUUCCACAGAAUAGGGCUUCCACCUAAGGUGGGGUCAUUCCAGUUAUUUGUUGACGGGUACAAAGACGCAGACUACUGGCUGCGGCGAUUCGAGGCAGAUCCACUCCCUGAAAACACUAACAGACAACUGCAGCUCCAGUUCGAGAGGCUAGUGGUUCUGGAUUACAUCAUCCGAAACACAGAUCGAGGUAAUGACAAUUGGCUGAUCAAGUAUGACUGUCCAAUGGAUGCUGGAGGGAACAGGGACACAGACUGGGUGGUGGUCAAGGAGCCCAUCAUUAAACUGGCAGCCAUAGACAACGGUCUGGCCUUCCCUCUCAAGCACCCGGACUCGUGGAGAGCCUAUCCCUUUUACUGGGCCUGGCUUGCUCAGGCCAAAGUUCCCUUCUCUCAAGAGAUCAGGGACCUCGUCCUGCCCAAACUCUCAGACCCCAAUUUCAUCAAGGACCUCGAGGAGGAUCUCUACGAGCUGUUUAAGAAAGACCCGGGUUUCGACAGGGGACAGUUCCACAAACAGAUCGCAGUGAUGAGAGGACAGAUCCUGAACCUGAGCCAGGCGCUGAAGGAUGGGAAGACGCCCCUGCAGCUGGUGCAGAUGCCGCCCGUGAUCGUGGAGACGGCGCGGGCCCCGCAACGUGCCAACAGCGAGUCCUACACACAGAGCUUCCAGAGCCGGCGGCCCUUCUUCACCUGGUGGUAGAGCAGGGCAUGCUGGGAGCUCUCGCGUGCAGGGUCCACAGCAUAAAAACAGUGUAAGGAGAGGAAGGGAGGGAGGGAGAGAGGGAGAAGACAGAGGCGUUCUCUUCCCCUUUCCACCAGCGUCUCUGUAGGAUGGGGUGCGCAAACCCGAGGACCACUCCUCCUCCACUUUCAGUGCCUUCUGCUGUCUAAAAGGAGGGGGGGGAGAAGGAAUUAUGGGAAAACCUCCUUUCCUCAUAGCUUUCAUAUGAUUGCCCAUCCCCUUCCCCUGACUACCACACCCCCUCUCUCUGAUUUUUGCAGCGGCCUAACAGGGCCUGUUUACAUUCCCGAAGACCUACCGGUUGUUAAGCAAUGCAUGUUUAUGGACCGUUCCGACAUAGCGACGGGGGCGGGGAGGGGUCAGAGAACAUUUCAUCCACCUGCUGCCUGUGAGAAAUGCAUCAUGGGACCAGAGAGGCUGGGGGCAGGGAAACAAAACUGCAAGCAGCCAGGAGUUUGAUUUCGAUCCUCUUGAGUUUUAAACCCUUCCAAAAUCCGUCUUGGGCAUAUAGGACCUGAAUAAUUUUGGGAAGCCUGAGCCAACAGGACUCCCCCCUCACGCUUUUGGCCAGGAUGGCUUAAGGAUCCUGGAAGCCCCUCCGUCCCAAGCCACAGAGGGCUGCACAUGACCUCUCACCUCUGGCCUAAUGCGGGAUGUCAGUGGGGUGCAAGACCCCCCCAUACGGACUCAAUAACCAUAUGCCUGCCUGUCUUGGCUGCCAGCAACCAAUCUGCUGCUUUAAAACUGGACCAGAUUCUGUGGUUUUCCUUUUUGUUUUUUUGGUUUGUUUGUUUGUAUUUCCCCUACAACUUCUGAUAUCAGUCUCUUAUGUGCUUGCAGACUAUUGGUGUAAAUGAUGAUGCCCUUAUCAUUUGCAUGGGUGGCUAGCAGCUGACACAGGGGGCCAUGGGUCCUGUCAAAGAAGGAAUGUUUCUGACCCCCGGGUUCCAAUGUGAGACAUAAAGAAAA